AUGGGUUGUUGCUGCAUCAAAACCUUGAAGGAACGCAACGGAUCGUUCCCGUGCAGGCCAUUCAAGAAGUACAUCGCCGCCAACUACAAAUGCGAUGUCGCCAAGCUUGCCCCAAUUCCUCAGAGAGGCCUUGGAAGAAUGGCGUCGAGAAGGGCAAGUUCCGUCCAAACCAACGGCACCCGGCGCUUUCCGUUCGUUCCAAGCUGGAAGGCUGAAGCUAAGGAAGGCCGCCACUGGGAGAAGAAGCCAAGAAGCCAGCCGCGAGAAGAAAGCCAAAAGCCGGCUGCAGCCAAGAAAGCAAAGCUGCUGUGCCAAGGCUGCCAAAAAGCCGGUGGUGUGAAGAAGGCUGCUGCUCCGAAGCAGAAGGCCACCAAACCUUCACAAGACCGCCGCAAGAAGCCCAAGACCCCAAAACCGAAGAAGGCUGCCCCAGCCAAGAAAGCUGCCGCGAAGAAGACCGCUGCCAAGAAGUAA